UGUCAAAGCAGCUUCUUAUAGUCAUCUGACGCAUCUCCUUUGCUGCUUUCAAGCUUUUUCACUGUGACCGUUCAGUCUACCCUAUCCUGGUGAUCAUGGAUUACAAACUGCAUCCCACCUGUUGAUCACUGGUUUCACAAGUAAAACCAAGGUUUAUGAGCAGAUUUCUUAAGUCAAGCUCUUAAGGUUCCUUGGAGAACUCUUACGCGAUAAAGAACCUUUGAGACAAACGAUGUGGGCCAGAGCUGUAAUACUUUUCAUUGGUGUGGUAUUCCACUACAACCAGGCCUUAGCAGUGGAUACCUACAUGGCUGAGUUCAUGAUAGAAAGCAAUGCUACGUUCAACGUAUCUGGUGCUCUAUCAGCAAUCAAGCAAAUAACAACACCUAAUAUAACAAUGACUAUUGGACUGCUUGAACUAACAGCAGAAUGUAAAAUUGUCGGGAAUGCUUCUACAUGUAACUGUUCAUCAGCGUACAUCUGGAGUAACGACGUGUGUGGCAAUUUCCACUGUUGCAAUGACUCAUAUUGUAACGCAAAUAUUUCUCACUACCCAGCCCUCUGCAUACCCAAAGUGAAAGUUCGCUUUAAUGGAACAGUCCAAGUGAAAUUAACAAUUAAUGAAACUGAUACUAUCAAAAAACAGCUUACAGAUGGUUUUAAACAAUUACAUGGGUUUGGGUGCCUCAAUGUGUCUGGACCGAGGGAUGAUGGCCAAAUUAUUGAUUUCAAAGUGGAUCUCAGUGUCAUUUUUCUGACUGAUACACUUGCAAAAAUAAUAUCUGACCUGGAACCUACUGUUGGCAAAAUAGCUGUUGAAACAUCAGGACUCGUGAGCAUUCAGUAUCCAAUGGACACAGUGAAAUUCUUCUCAAAACCGAUGCUAAACUGCAGAUUUGAAGAGAAAACAAACGGCUCUUGGAACUGGAACCUGUUAAAAGGAAAUAAGACAUUUGAUCUGAACACUGGAAGCAGCAUAACCGUCUCAUUCCCCAAUGAAACGUCACCCAAUUGUACCACAGUCCAAAUUAUAAAGUUGUCAGGGAACUGGGCAGGGAUUUAUAAGUGUGGAUUUUCCAAAGGGUCCAUUGUGCACACAGCCUCUGCAGAGUUGAAGGUAGCCCUGCUACCAGAUAAGAUCACCAUGACGAUUGACCCACUGACUGUAGAAUGCCAAGAUGCAGCGCCUCCUGUGACAGUCACCGCAACCAUCGAUAACAGCACAGAGCAAUAUACGGUCACUUGGUCAUACCAAAAUAAUCUCCCACCUCCACCAGUACAACCAGCGGGGAUAGCCUCCACCACAACGAUAUCUCUAAAUUGCAGUCCAUCAAGCUCACCCCAUGUUGUCAUCGUCAACUUUAUAAACCAGAUGAAUGAGAUCAAGAGUGCAAACAUAACUAUCCCAGUGAUAUAUGCUCAGGACAAGAACCAGGCUUGUCCUGAAGAAAAUAAUGUUUGGCCAAAAACCCCAAAAGGUGUAACUGUUACCAUCCGAAAAUGUGAGGUGAAUAGAGUGGGGUACAAAGAGCGGACAUGCAAGGGGCCUGAAUGGAUGAGUGUGCUGGAUAACUGUGUUAAUGAGGAGCUAAACAAAGUUGUCAAUGCAGCAGCAAAUUUUAAAGAGGGACUUGGGGCCACUCUGCAGGUUGCUAUUCAAAUAUUUUCUGAUUUGAAGAAGAGCAUGGUUGCUGACUCAGCUGCUGAUCUGAGUGCAUCCAUCAAUGUUCUGGAUAUCAUGUCGAGAGCAUCAGAAACCAUCACCCUGGAUAACUCCAUUUUAGAUACAUUUCUUGAUGCAGCAAGCAACAUGUUGAAUAACUCUUGGAAGGCAGCCAACAAAGCCCUUGAAUACGACAUGUCCUCAAAAUACCUCUUGUCUGUCGAGGGUCUGGUGAAUAACAUCAAAAUGAAUACCAGUGACGGAAAUGACACCCCAAAUAUACAACUCAAACUCUGCAAUGUUCAAAACAGCACAUCUUGCAAUGACAUUGUGUUUGGUGUAGAGGUCAAAUUGGCCCUGUCCUCGGGAAUAGUGAAAACUGUGGGAGUAAAAAACCUAGCUGACAAAUUAAACAAUUCAAAUUUCCCAGGCUAUAACUUCCCUGACAUUGUGGUGUCAGUCACACUGCAAAGCAGCAAUGACUCCAAAAUAGACAUCCAAUUGGACUUUCCCAUCAACCAGUCGAUGGCUCAAGACUCCAACAUCCUCUGUGUGUUCUGGAACACCACAUUGAACGAAUGGUCUGAAGAAGGCUGCAAGUGGAAGAAAAGGGUCAACAAUAGAAGCUAUUGCGAGUGCACCCACCUGACCUCCUUCUCAGUGCUGAUGUCAAAGAUCCCGGUGACCCUGCUCUUUCAGGAUGAGAUCACCUACGUGGGCCUCGGCGUGUCCAUCUGCUCCCUUCUCAUCUUCCUCAUCAUCGAGGCGCUGGUGUGGUCGGCCGUCGUCAAGUCCAACCUCUCGCACUUCCGCCACACGGCCUUGGUCAACAUCUCUCUGUGCCUGUUACUGGCUGACUGCAGUUUCCUGGCCGCCUGCUUCUCCAGCAUCAAAACUUCUACUUGGUGCCUCAUCCUGACCGUGACCAAGCAGUUCUUCUUCCUGGCUAUGUUCUGCUGGAUGCUAUGCCUCAGCAUCAUGCUACUACACCAGCUCAUCUUCAUCUUCCACCCGCUGAGGAAGAGUGUAUAUCUGCUCCUGUCUACCAUCCUCGGCUACAUCUGUCCCACAGUGAUAGUGUCAGCAACCUAUGUGUACUACAAAUACACAGGGAAACCCUACCACAACACGGAAACCUGCUGGCUCACUUACGAGGGACUUCUGAAGGGGUCCAUUCACGCAUUUCUUCUGCCCGUCGGGACGAUUGUUUUGUUGAAUCUCUUCUCCAUGGCUGUUGUCAUCAUGACACUCCUAAAGUCCACUGUCUCUGAUGGGAGUAAAGCCGAUGAGAAAGAGGCAGCCAAAAGCAUCAUGAAAGUGAUGGUCUUUUUAACGCCAGUCUUUGGGGUAACAUGGGCUUUGGGAUUCUUUGUGCUGCUCACUGAUAUCAAAGCACCAAUGGGUGUGGUGAUGCGUUAUGCUUUCACCAUCAUAAACUCCUUUCAGGGCCUCUUCAUUUUGCUGACUGGAUGUUUUGCAGAGAAAAGGGUGAGAGAUGAGGUCUUGAAACUUUUCUUGGCUGGGGUGAGUUCUGCUCUUUUUUUUCCUGCUUUUGUUUUCUUUCCUUUCAAUUAUAGAGCAGUGAAAUGUGGUUAAAUCUUUCUUCAAGUUGCUCUUAUACCUGUGUAGGAAUGCUAUAACUACGCUAGUUACAACAUUGUACUUCCAUAGUACUAUGGUAGUUGUCUUGUAAUGACAUAGUAAUGGAAGUGGAUGGUUUUACACAAAUGGAAUACUUAAGCAAUAAGGCCCGAGGAGGUGUGGUAUAUGGCCAAUAUACCAUGGCUAAGUGCUGUUCUUAGGCGAGGCGCAACGCGGAAUGCCUGGACACUGCCCGUAGCCGUGGUAUAUUGGCCAUAUAUCACAAACCCCAGAGGUGCCUUAUUGCUAUUAUAAACUGGUUACCAAUUUAAUUAGAGCAGUAAAAAUAAAUGUUUUGUCAUACCCGUGGUAUACAGUCUGAUAUACCACGGCUGUCAGCCAAUCAGCAUUCAGGGCUCGAACCACCCAAUUUAUAAAGACUGUUAAUUAACAAAAAACGCCCAGUUCUACUCCUUUGUAAUUAGAAAGCAAAGCAAAAUAAAGCACUAUGUAUCAAUAUUGUAAUGCCAGUGUAAUUACAGUGUUACUACACAGAAAAGCAACAUAAUGUCAUGUGUUACUGAAAGCACAGAUAUAAAUCUGCCCACCUCUCUCACCAGGCACUUACUACCAAAGGGAAAAGUGAGAGUAUAAAAAACCUGACAAAGUCCACUUCAAAUAAUUGAUGAACAUCAAGGUUUGUACAGUCUUGAUACAAGACAAGCAUGUCUGCUGCUAAACACGUGUAAUUUCCAUAAUUCAGUUAACACCUAACUCUUAACCCCUGGAGCCCUUAAUUAGUUAAAUCAGGCAUGCUAGUACUGGGCUGUAACAAAAGCCUGCACACUUUAAGGGUCUGCACGAUUGGGGAUUGAAAGACACUGUACUCAUCAUAUGUUUUCUGCCUCAGAAAACUAGCUAUAUACUGGAUCAAGCUAUAUACUGGAUCAGGACCAACCCAUAUGUCUGCCACUACACUCAUCCAGACAGAAACAUCCACCUGGUUGGUUCCUCAAAGACAGGGAUGGCUGUGGUUUAGGUGGUGUUUAGACAGGUCUUAUCAUGAUUUCAUUAUAUUAUGUCAAUUACCUAUCAAGUGUCAUAUUCAUAUUUGAACUCCUAGACAUGAAUCAAUUGCUAAACACAUCUUUGUGAUUUCCUGUAAACUUAAUUCAACAAACAAUACAGUAGCAUACUAUGAUGUCUGAAGAGAUGUCAUAAUAUUACUGUGGUGUUGGUCAAUGGCAUUUGGUUAAUAUUACUAAUGAUUUAAUUUAUUGAGUUGUCCUGUACUUGCAUUAUUUAUGACUGUAGAUGAAAUGUGUCAAUCAAAGUUAUUGUAAUAAAGGAAGGCCAGGAUUCAAUCAGAGGCAUGUUGUAGACAAACACAUUGCAUACUGACAAAGUGCCUUUUAAAGGCUAUUUCCCCAACAUUUGCAAAGAUUGCAUUCACGGUAAACACUGCAGAUAUCGGCUCAAGCAGAAAUUACCUUGAAAAUGCCCUUCAAGUGCUGUGCACUUGUAGACAAUGUGCCUUUUAAUGAAUCACGGCCUAAUUGUUUGUUUAAUCUUAACCCGCUGCCACCAAUUUAUUGUUAGGAAUAUAGGAGUAUCAUUUGUGGCUGUACAGCAAAUGCAUUAUUUAAUAGAAUGAGAAACCUAUGGCUGGAUUCAAUCCAUUUCGAUAAAGUAUCGUGGAAGAUCCACAUAAAAAUGUUAAGGUAAUUUCUGAUUGAGCUGACAUGCAGUCUCUGCAACCGCGGAAACGCUGCCUUUAAUUGUCAAUUGGACUUAUAAAGUGGAUCUUCAGUGCUACGGAAUGAAUAGAGCCCCUAGAUUAACUAGCUUUAUUAGGGAAGGGAGGUAUCUCCAUUAGUCUAUGGCCUAGAUUCAACCCAGAGUGUGAUUGACAUUUAAAGGCAAUGUUCCGACAUUUCUCAGAGACUGCAUUCACAGUAAUGUCAGUCCAAUCGGAAAUUGCCUUUAAAUGUCAAUUGCGCUGUAACAUGGAUCUUCCGCAGUCUGAAUUAAAUCUAGCCCUAUGCUAAUGUUUAAUUGUUACAUUGUUAUCUGUAUGUGUGUGUGUGCUCUUGCAAUCAUCUAAUAAUCAAUAAAAUAAAGAAACAUAAAUCUCA